AUGAUCCCAUUAAGACAGUCCGUUAGUAGGACGAUCUCAAGGGGUAGUUUAUACAAGCUUAGACAUAUCCCAGUCAUACUCAGUCGAUUUCAAUCUACUGCUGGAGCCUCAUCGGCUGUGAAAGUCCCUCAACAAACCAUCAAGCCUGAAGAAGUACUCAAGAAAACUAAAAACACCAAAGCAAGAGUUCCUAAACACAUCAAUGCUAAAUUGAAGGACAUUACUACUCAAAUUGGCGAAACUAUUUCUAAGGCAUUACCUGUUGAUUUGCGUGAAUCCUAUGAAAUUUUAGAAGAGGGUAUUACUUAUGUUCGUGAAAUCCAAAUUGAAGAAGGUAUGUCAGAACGUGAAGUUUAUCAAACAUUUUCACCAUUAGCCACUGAUCUUUUUAGAAAGGCUUUGAAACCUGAAGCAUUUUUAGGUAAAAACAAAACCAUUGAAGAUUUAUUCAACAUGUUGGUUGAACAAAGAAUUGCCAACCAUACUCAUUUUAUAGACAUGGCAACUAGACAUAUCAAAGGUAUUGAAUCUAGUGAAAACCGUUUGAAGGUGUAUGAGAAAAUUAUAAAGUUGUGGGUUAACUUCCUUGAAUACUCUCAAGUUAAACAACCACUCCGUAUUAGAGUAUCAGGAAACGAAGAUGAAGCAAAAAUCUAUGAUUUUAGCAAUUUGGUAGUUUACUGUUACGUCCAAUCAUGUCUCGAGCAAGAAGUUAGUUUUACAACCGAGCAUAUCACAAAGUUAAUUCAACAAAAUAAAGCUCCUAAAAAGUAUCGUGUUAGACAAAGUCUUGAAAAUUUGCAAGUUUUUAAAGAAGCUGAAUAUAAAAAGUUCAGAAUUGCAAUUGUUGCACAAAACGUUCGAGAAUUUAAUCCUGAUGACCCUAAGAUUUUCCAUCUACUUAACGAUGCAAUGAGAGCCAAAGAUUCAAAAAAAGUUUGGGAUAUUUAUCACGAUAUUCAACAAAGUUGUGCAAAGUACGACAAGCAAGUUUCUCGUGCAACAUUAGAAAAAAUCAUGUAUGCGUUCCAACAAACUGAUAGACCCGACGAUGUGUUUGAGAUUUUCCAGGCUAUGCUUAAUAGAGGGGUUAUUCCUACCGCUAAUGGUUGGUCUAUCAUUUUAACUACAUUGGCAUCGCCUGAAAAGAUUGCUGCAAAUGGUAGAGAAACCAGUCUUGAAAAUUUUGAACGAGUAAUUGCAACUAUUCAAUCGUCAAAGAUUAACAUGACUCCAGCAUUAUUUUCAUCAAUCAUUUCUGGUUUUGCCAACUUUGACUGCCCGGAAAAAAUUGAUCAAUAUCUUGCGCAAUAUAGUGGUAUUUCAUUGACCAAUUAUGGUAAAGAUGGGAUCUUAGUUGGAAUGGUAUUGAACGGUAAAAUUGAUCAAGCUAAUGCAAAAUUAGAUGAGUAUCUUAAAGAUGGAUCCGGUUAUAUCCCAGGAAGUACCGCAAUUAAUGUAUUCUUAACUCAUUAUGUCAAAGAAAAGAAUUAUAAAGCCGUUGAAGGUAUUGUUGAAUUUAUGCGCAAAAACAAGGUUGUGGAAACUCACGCUAUUACAUCCACAUUAAUUGAUUGUUAUUGUAAGAGACAAUUUGAUAAAGGUUUAGAUCCUGAUAUUGAUGUUGUGGUGGAUCUUGUUAAAAAAGCUAAAAGUGUUGAAUUUAAUAUGUUUGCACUUACCUCAAUGGUUGACACAUUGAGUAAAACAAAUAUUACCGUUGCAAGACUGAUUUAUAAUCAUGCUAUGCAAAAUGAUCCAAAGAAUUAUGCAUUGCAUACGUCAAUGAUUAAGAACGAAUUAAGUUUUGGAGAGUUGGGAAAAGCUGAGCAUAUUUUUGAAUAUGUGAUUCAAAAUGUAAAAGCUGAUGCUAGAUUGUACAACUUAAUGAUUAAUGGAAGUUUGCACCGUGAUGCAAAAUUAGCAUUUGAAUUUUAUGAAAAAAUGAAAGAACAAGAUGUUUCUCCAAAUGCUUUCACAUUUUACUUUUUGUUGAACCAUGCCAAGAGAACUGGUAAUAAUGUACUCAUUGAAAAAUUGAUUAAGGACUUAGCCGAAGCUAAGCUUCGAACUCUUGGUACUUCAUUACCAAAAAUGAUUUUGAGUCUUAAUGGUAAGUAUGAAGUACCUGCUAGCUUGUUGGCCCAAGCUCAAAGCGAGUUACACCUGUAA